GGCGCAGACAAGUGACGACGUUAUGCCCACUGCCAGCGGCCGGAUCGGGGAGUGUGUUUCUCUUGUGGAAGCGCUCUGCUUGUGGCAUCGCAGCCCGACGCGCAGGAUUCGAGCGAUUUUUCGCACCCCAGGACACGACCGGACCCGGCAGUCAUGUGGAAGCGAGGAAAACUAGCCUUUCUCCUCCUGCUCGUACAGGUGUCCCUGAUCAUCGUGUACGCACUCUGCGUGCAGUACGAGGUGGCAGCUGACGCCUCGAACGGUCUCAACAGCAUGUCCGAGGCACUCGGGGGCAACGCGCCCAAGGAUAAUUCCAUCGAGAAGUACUACUCCAUGUUCCAGGACGUGAACGUGAUGGUGUUCAUCGGCUUCGGCUUCCUGAUGACGUUCCUCAAGCGCUACGGCUUCGGCGCCGUGGGCUUCACGCUCCUCAUCGCCGCACUCAGCAUCCAGUGGGCCGCGAUCGUGCGCGGAGUCUGGCACGCCCGAAAGGGAUGGAUCGUCGUGGACGUGCUCAGCCUGGUGGGCGCCGAAUUCGCAGCCGCGAGCGUUCUCAUCUCGUUCGGCGCGGUGCUGGGCAAGACUAGUCCCCUGCAACUGGUCGUCAUGGCCGCCAUUGAAGUGGUACUCUUCGCUUGCAACGAGCAUCUCGGCGUAGGCGAAUUCAAGGCAGUGGACAUCGGCGGUUCCAUCUUUCUACACAUGUUCGGCGCCUACUUCGGCCUUGCAGUGUCGUUCGUGUUGAACAAGAAGGAGCACUACGAUCACCGCAAAGAAGGCUCCGUCUACCACUCGGACAUCUUCGCCAUGAUCGGGACGCUGUUCCUGUGGGUGUUCUGGCCCAGUUUCAACGCGGUAUCGGCGUACGGCGACGCCAGGCACCGCGCAGUGCUCAACACAUUCCUGGCGCUCGUGGCCUGCACCAUCACCUCGUACGCCGUGUCGGCGUUGGUUGAUCCCAAGAACCGCUUCACCAUGGUGCACGUGCAAAACUGCACACUGGCCGGUGGUGUUGCCGUGGGCGCAACCGCUGACAUGAUGCUACACCCUUACGGCGCGUUGAUACUGGGUUCCCUGGCCGGAGCUCUGUCCGUCUUCGGCUUCAAGUUCGUGACGCCGCUACUGUCCCGAAAGCUGAGGAUUCACGACACAUGCGGCGUGAACAACCUGCACGGCAUGCCUGGCAUUCUGGCCGGGAUCACCAGCGCCGUCAUCGCCGCCAGCGCCACUGAGGACGAAUACAACUACAGCCUGUACACUCUGUAUCCGGCACGGGCGCCCACGGAAAACUCGACCGAACUGAGCCAGGUGCUGUACUACACGGUCGAGGUGGUUGCUGGAGAAGGGCGCACGGCGGGAACGCAGGCGCUCUACCAGCUCGCCGCCAUGGCCUGCACGCUCGCCAUCGCCGUUGCUGGAGGACUGCUCACAGGUCUGGUGAUGCGGGUUCCGCUGCUGGAUCCUCCUAAGGAGGACGAGCUUUUCGACGACUAUCCCUCGUGGGAAGUGGAGGCCGACCCUACCGGCGCUGAAGAGGCCGCCUCCAGACCGCCCACCAAGGGAAACCAGAUUGCUAUGGUCGAGCAGCAACCGGACAGCGCUUCACGGGCUCGGCUGCCAGCACACUUCAACGGCGCCUACGAUGCACCACCGCCAGCCCAAUGAAGACACGCGUGGUUAUGCGAGGAUGGUGUUUGGAACUUUGGACAUAGCAAACGUGUCACCGGGGAACAAUAGCGGUGCGCACUUGCAUGGUCCUACAACUCAUUGU